AAAGAUCAAAUAUCCUUAAAUUUUUACUGAAUCAAUUUAUUUGAAAUGUAGGCUGGAACAUGACAUUUCUCUACUAAAAGUAUUUUUUUUAUCCAGCAUAAUUUUUCUGAAACUGAACAUGGUUUUGUAAUUAGCAUUAUACAAUAAUCUUGAAAAACAAUCCUGCAAGGAUAAACCGGGAUAGACAUUAGAUGGAAGGAUGGAUGAUGUUAUAGUUUAUUCAGUCACAUUCUACAAGUCAAUCACCAUGUCGCAGUGAUGUUUUAUUUUUGCCAAACGAUGGCGCUCUUGCUCAAUUGAAAAUAGGAAAACUGUCCUAUAUUCAUUGUACUUCAGUUUCAAGAUGACACUUCACAGGAACUGAGAAUAUCCUAUCUUAAAACUAAAGGUACAAAAGCUAAUCCUCACAUGACCUUGAUGCAUUUGUCAGAAAAUGGCUCACUUGUAUUUUCAGGUUUGUCUUUUAGUGUUUGUAUUAAAAGUUCCUCCCAAAUGCAGAGCAACUUCAUUAAAAUCUUACUCUGUGAGUGCUGAGUUUGUGUCAGCUAUUAAAGAUCAAGACGUGGCUCUGUCAUGUCUAAACUUCAACAUCACGGAUCCAAGGAUUUGCUAUAGAAUCAGACUGACGAAGAAAACAAAUGCCAAGGAACCGUCAGUUAUAUUUGAGUACCCAAAGAAAUACCAGGAUGCCAAACGUGUGAAUUUGGAAGCAAACAUGAAAGGACAAACGUGUGUUUUUUUGAAAACCUUGCAACAAACAGAUGGAGGGACGUACGAUUUAGAAAUUUGGAAAGGAUGGGACAGAAUUAAUGUCACACAAAUAACAUUACAAGUGAAAGACUGCUGGAUUCUUAAGCCAGAGGUGGCAAAGCCUGGUCAGAAAGUGAGUCUUAACUGUUCAGUGGAUGCAGAAAUGGCCCCUUCAAAUGUCACAUGGGUGAAGAAGAAAGGGAGCAACUCUGUUCCUGUUAAUUUGACAAGGGUUGAAAUCAAGGGUAUAUCCCUGACAAUCAAGUCUGUGUCUGCCAGUGAUGACGGGUGGUACAAGUGUGAUUAUGUACUCGGGCAAAGUCAUCGCUGCUCAGAGAUCAAUCUACAUCUUCAGGGUCACCAAGCAGAAGACGUGUCCGCGACUACCAUGAGUACAACAUCUGCAUUUACAGAAACUCGCCAAGCCUCUCCUUACAUUGCUUCGGAGACCAACAGGGCAGAAAAAAGUGGUGGAACCUCGACUCUGGUUGUAGUCCUGACCAUUACCACGAUUUUCACACUUGCAGCACUAACAGGAGUGCUUAUUUACAGGAGAUAUAAAACUCAGAGGAACUCUGCAGUCUGCUUUACAGACUCUGCAGAUAUUUAUGAGAAUGUCAGUCUUCCAUGUUCACCAGAUGCUACAAAUCGAAUCAACAGCUUGUAUGCGUUCCCAGAGGAGAAUGUAGAAGGACUCACCUUUCAAAUCUAGAAAUUUUCUGGCCACUCGAGGAAAACACUGAAGAUCUUUCUCUGUUCCCUCAAAAAAUAA